GAGCUUGUUUCUCCAACUUGGCUGCCAAGCAAUUAUCACAGUCGUCAUCAUUCUGGCGUCGUGGUGCUGUGUCGUGUGCUGAUUCUUGUUUUUCCUUCCUUCUUUCUGGGAGCACCACCACCAGGAACUUCCCUUAGACACACGAUUCUUUCAUCCCAAUCUCUCUCUCUCUCCCUCUCCCUCUGAAUCCCUCCCUCGCCGUGUCCAACCUCUCCUCUCCCGUCCUCCCUCGUGAACCAACCUCACGCCAGCCAUGUCCAGUCCCCGGGACGACGUGCCCCAAGAGGGCAACUUUGGUGUCGACUUUGUCAUCCACUACAAAGUCCCCCCCGCAGAACGCGCCGCUGCCGAAGCCGGGUUCAUCCAGCUUGUCGAGGCCCUCACUGCCGUUGGCCUCGCCAUAGAAGUCCGCCAUGGCGACCAAGACUCUCUCCUCGUUUUGGUCAAGAUCGCUUCCGCCGACCUCCUCGCCCAGCAAGUCUACCGUGCUCGUCUUCAAGACUGGCUUCACGGCGUCCGCGCAUCCGCCCCUGAUAAAAAUGUCGCCCUGGCCUUGCAGAGCGAACCCGUCACCGAGGCUGAACGUCUGCGCCUGAUAUAUCUCCUGAUGAUCAAGCCCAAGAACGAGGGCGGCGCCGGAAUCUCGCCUUCCAAUGCUAAGUGGAAGCAUAUCAACGCCAUCUUCCCCUUGCAUAACCACGCCUUCAACAAGGCCUGGAUCAAGAAGUGGAGCAGCAAGUACUUGCUGGACCAGGAGGACCUCGACAGUAUCCGCGACAAGUUUGGUGAGAACGUUGCCUUCUACUUUGCCUUCCUUGGCUCCUACUUCCGCUUCCUCGUCGUCCCUUCUUCUCUCGGGCUAGGGGCUUGGCUACUUCUAGGUCGAUUCUCCACGCUAUAUGCUCUACUCUGUGGGCUCUGGUCCGUCGUCUUUUUCGAGUACUGGAAGAAGAAGGAGGUCGAUCUUGCAGUUCAGUGGGGCGUGCGCGGAGUCUCCAAUAUCCAGCAAUCCCGUCCCGAGUUCGAGUGGGAACAUGAGGCGGAGGAUGCCGUAACUGGCGAGGUCGUCAAGGUUUACCCACCUCUCAAGCGCGUGAAGACUCAAUUGCUUCAGAUUCCCUUUACGGUAGCUUGCGUCAUUGCACUGGGCAGUCUCAUUGUGACGUGUAACUCGCUGGAAGUUUUCAUCAACGAAGUCUACAAUGGUCCGGGGAAGCAGUACUUGGGAUUUUUGCCAACAAUUUUUCUGGUCAUUGGAACACCUACCAUUUCGACCCUUCUCAUGAAAGCCGCCGAGAAGCUGACCGCCAUGGAGAAUUAUGCCACCGUUGAUGCCCAUGACGCCGCUCUUAUCCAGAAGCAGUUCGUCCUCAACUUCAUGACAUCUUACAUGGCACCACUAUUCACUGCGUUUGUCUACAUUCCCUUUGGACAUAUCCUUGUCCCCUUCCUCGAGUUUUGGAGGAGGACAGCGCAGACCAUCACCUUCAGCGAGAAACCUCUGCCUACCCGGGAGUUCCAGAUCAACCCAGCCCGGAUCACCAAUCAGAUGUUCUACUUCACCGUCACAGCCCAGAUUGUUAACUUUGCGACCGAGGUGAUUGUGCCGUAUGUUAAGCAACAGGCCAUGUCCAAGGCCAAGGAGUUCAAGACCAAGGGGAAGCAAACCUACGACCACAAGGAGGAGGCGGAAUUUCUCGAGCGAGUCCGUAAGGAGUGCGAGUUGGAGGCCUAUGACGUAUCGGGCGACUACCGUGAGAUGGUGAUGCAGUUUGGCUACCUUUCUCUAUUUUCGGUUGCCUGGCCACUUGCAGCCUGCUGCUUCCUCGUCAACAACUGGGUUGAGUUGCGAUCUGAUGCACUCAAGAUUGCCAUCAGCAGCCGUCGGCCGAUUCCCUGGCGAACCGACUCUAUCGGACCUUGGCUUACUGCUAUGGGUUUCCUCUCUUGGCUGGGCAGUAUCACCAGUGCAGCGAUUGUCUACCUGUGCAGCCGUUCUCAGGAUGAAACCAAUGGAGUGACAUCACAGAUCACGGGAUGGGGCCUUCUACUCAGCAUCCUCUUGGCGGAGCACUUCUACUUGGCAGCACAGAUGGCGGCGCGAUUUGUUCUCAGCAAGCUAGAUAGCCCAGGACUCCAGAAAGAGCGCAAGGAGCGGUACUCGACGAAGAAGAAACUCCUGGGAGAGCUCCUGGGCCAAGAUGUGGUGGCAACCCCCGGAAUUGCCACUACCGAAAAGAUCACCCGAGAAGCUCUGGAGGAGGAAGCUCGACAUAUGUCGAUCCGUGGACAUGGAACCCCCGAACAAAAGUUCUGGCAACGGCAGCGGGGCCUACAGGAGACGAUUGACGUCGGACGAAGGAUGAUUGAACAGCAGGCUGCUGAGACGAAGAAGGCACCUGCCCCAAGUGAAAAGGCGUAAAUAGGAUGUUAGGAUGGGAUAGGAUGGAGGAGACAUGAUGAGCGGGGUCCGGAUAUCUAUGGGAGGCUCUAAGAUGAUCGGUGAUGCCGGGGGAGAUUGCGCCUCCCGCAGAGGCAUAGGUUAUGAGAUGAUGAUGCGAACUUUGAAGUUGAUGAUGGUUGCUGUAUUCGUUAGUUCUGGGUUGCAGUGACAGAUUGAAUGUCUCAAAGUGGGUUGUCGUAAGUCAGUCAGUCAAUCUCUCAUGGGAUACCUGGUAUGCUCUCUCCGGACCUCCCUCCCCGGACGGAAGCCAAUCCCAAGUCAGCUAAGAUGCGACUCGGUCGCGAGAUAAGAACUAGUAGAGGAGGCAAAUAGGCGUGAGAAGCCAUCGCGGAC